UGCUGCCCAACCUUCCACCAAAGCCGCCAUGGCCCACGACCCAACCACAGACGACAAUCCCCUUGCUCUGGCUCAAGAGCAGCUCGAGUCUGCUCAACAAGCUGCUUUGCGACACACCCAUGCUGAUUACUACGUGUAUAUGCCGCGUUUCUCGGGUUGCCUCUAGGCGACCACGUUUCUCGGUUGUUGGUCGUCUCUUGUGAUGCACGCUGCCUUACAUCCGCAAGUCGAAUCGAAAGCACAUUACUCGAUCGUGAGUCCCAAUGAUGGCGGAUGUUUUCGCUGAGGAAGCAUCAGCGAUCGGCGGCAUCAGCGUGUCGCAUCGUAUCCUGUCGUAAGCUCGUCGUCGCGUCCAGUCCAGCCUGUGUCCCUUGUUCGCUACCGUGCUGGUUCCGCCUCUUCCGCACGCGCCGUCUUGCGCAGCAGCAGCAGCAGCAGCAAGUAGAAGGCUGGCUCUGUCAUCUCCGUCUACUCCGCCAUACUCUCCGCUCGCCGCUCUCCGCCCUCCGCUGGGCCCGCGCGCCGGUGGGCAGGCGCGGUUCCGCGGGUUCAAAGAACGCCGAAGCGCACGGCGCCAGACACGGAUUCCAAGAGGCCCUUCCGCCCGUUCCUUAGCGUUCCGAAGUUGGCGUGGUGGGAGGGGAGGAAAGGCGGCGGAGAUCGCGCAUCCUGGCGUCUGGCGCCAUUCACGGCGCUGGGCGCACUCGGCGGAAGCAGAAUGAACGGCGCAACGUUUCCCGCCAAUGGGGAGGGGGACGGCUCCGCGGGAGAGGCCUUGGACCAUCGCCUCGGCGGAAGGUCGGAGGGCGCAGGCGGAGGACUUGGGGGAUCUGUGGCGGAGGCUUCGGCGGAAGAUGGCUCGAGCGGAGGACGGUCGGCGGAGGAUGAGCGCCCGCUGAUUGCGCCAUCUGAACGGCGGGGCACGUGGGCGGAAGAGGAGGCGCGGAGGACUUGCGCGACUGGGGAGAAUGGAUGGGAUGAUGCCUUGCGCAGUGGGGAAAUUCAGAGCGAGUUGCGCCACGCGGAGGGCGCAGUCGCGGGGGAGGCGCGCGGUGACGGGGACCGCGGGGGAGCGGAGAGAUUGCGCGGCGGCGGAGGUCGCAGUAGCGCUGACGCAAAUGGAUGCGCGGAAGCUAGCAGUUCAGGUUCUGGCGGCGGAGGCGCGGGGGAAGUUGCGGGGGAAGAUCGGGGGGAAAAUGAAGGCGAAAAAGCGGGGAGGGGGGAAGGGGAGGAGGAAAAGCUAAUCCGGGGAGAAAGCGGAAAGGCGGAAGAAGAAGGCGGAAAGGCAAACGAUUUGAGCGGAAACGGGAAAUGGGUGGACGGGGAGAGAGGGCUGAGGGGAGAGGAAGCGGAGGACCCUUCCGCGGAUGGGGGCGGGAAGGGGAAGGCGGGCGGGGAGUGUUCGGGGAGCGAGUCGUCGCGGCGCACGGCGGAUGGGGAGCGGUCGUUCGUGUGGCUGCUGAACCCGCUCGAGACGCAAGAUGACGUGGAGGCAGAGGGGGAUGAGGAGGAAUGGGAGGAGGUUGAGGAAGGUAAGGAGGGAGAGGGCGAGGGGGAUUGGGAGUGGGAGGGAGAGGGAGAGGGGGAUGGGGAGGAGGGAGGCGCAGCGACUGGGGAAGCCGCGCGGCAGAAGCGGAGGCGGAGGAGGCGGAAGGGCAGUGCGGCGGCGGCAGACGGCGGAGCCGCUGGGGAAGGCACGGGGGGCAGGAGCCGGGGCGAGGGCAGCAGAUCCGGCAGGGCCGGGGGAGGGGGAGCAGGCGGGGGGGGGGGGGGCGGGGCGGAGAACGCAUGGCGCGCGCUGGAAGGCCAUGAGGACAAAUUCGUGGAGCUCCAGAAGCUCUUCGUGGGGCCGAAAUUCGCGACCGGGACCUACGGGCGGCUGUACCAGGGUCUGUACGAAGGGCAGGACGUGGCGAUUAAGAUCCUACGGCCGCCAGACAGUGAGGGCGAGGCGGAGAAACUCGCGCAUCAGUUCAAGCAGGAGGUGGACCUCCUGGCGCGGCUGGACCACCCGAACGUGGUGCGGUUCGUGGGCGCGUGCCAGCGCCCGCCCACGUGGUGCAUCCUCACGGAGUACCUGGGGGGGGGCAGCCUGCGCGCGUUCCUGCAGAAGCGCGAGGGGGCGCUGCUGCCGCUGCCCGACGUGCUGCGCCUGGCGCUGGACAUCGCGCGCGGCAUGGAGUACCUGCACGCGGAGGGCGUGGUGCACCGGGACUUAAAGCCCGACAACCUUGUGCUCACCACAGACAACGUGGUCAAGAUCACCGACUUUGGCGUGGCCCGUCUGGAGGCGGACACAUCCAUGAUGACAGCAGAGACAGGCACGUACCGGUGGAUGGCGCCCGAGGUGGUGGACCACCGGCCGUACAGCAAGAACGUGGACGUGUACAGCUUCGGGAUCGUGCUCUGGGAGCUCUGCACCGUGCAGCUGCCGUUUGCUGGCAUGACCGCCAUGCAGGCCGCCUUCGCCGUCGUCAAUAAGGGCACGCGGCCGGAUAUCUCAGCGAACAUCCCUGUGCCCCUGGUGCAGCUGAUGCAGGCGUGCUGGCACACAAACCCCGACCGCCGCCCGCCCUUCAGCGAGGUGGUGCAGCAGCUGGAGGCCAUGCAAGACGCUCUCACCCGCGACCCUAACGCCCUGCAGCGCCAACCCCCGCCGCACACACCCCGCGCCUCCCCCUCCACGUCCCCCAAGCUCUUCUGCUGCUGCUAGCCUGCUCGCUAGCCUGCUGGGUAGCCUGCGCAGGGAGGGGCCUCUGGGGUGGCAUGGUGUGGCGUGGCAUGGCGUGGCUUGGUGUGACCUUGUGCUGUGCCCGCGCCAUGCCAUGCCCUGCGGUCUGGUGCCACGGCGUGCUGGUCUUGGUUCCCGCAUGUGGCACAGCUUGCUUGAGGGACAAGGUCGAGGGGAGGGAAGGUGGAGGCAAGUGGAGGAGGAGUGACAGUGGAGGAAAUGCUGGGUGGGAGUGGAAGGAACUGAGGUCUGUUUAUUGGUGGGUGUGAAGUGAAGAUGCUGUGGCGUGGUAGGAGCUUCCAAGUGCAAUGAAAAGAGGGAGGGAGUGUCUGUUGAGUUACGGUAUGGUACGGUAUAUGGUUGCGACCUGUUGGUGCGUACCAGAAGGUAUUACCCAACAGCACCAGUGCGCCAGCGCCUGCGCCAGCGUUGAUGGAAGUGGCAGCAGUGGUUGCAGCACGGUAGAUGGCGCCUCCAGUCCAGAAAGUGCUGGAUCUCGUUUUGAUGGGAGGGGAGGCUUUGAUGCAUUGUGUCAGGGAGGUACUGGGAGGUAUAAAUGUCAAACAUAAGUAUAACUCAUGUUUGUAUAGACUGUAUAGGGUCGCCUCUUAGAGGGUACAACACUCUUA